AUCAAAAUAUUAAAAAAAAAAAAGAGAAAAGAAAAACAAAGAAGUUAAUAAUGUAAGAACUGUACGUUAAGCUUUGGAAACUUUAAAUCAAAAACCCCCCAAUUAACGUUCUCAAAUGAUUUUGAUUUUAUUUUCUCAGUUCCAUUAACACUUCUCCACCUUCAUCUCUCUCUCUCUCUUGAAUCCUUCCGUCCGGUUGCCGUUUUCCCUUUCAUUCUCUCCUUUCCCUUGCUAAUUCAAUUACAAUUAGAGCUCCCUUCAGUCUAAUACCCCGUACUCUGUUUCGUUCCUUGUCAUUGGAUUCUCUUUUAUUUUCUCAAUCUUUAACAAUUCUCUCUAUUUCUAAUCUGGGUUUUGCGUCUUUUUUGGCGGGAAGGAACCGACUUUCUCCUUCCUUAGAAUUCUGUUUUCUUUUCCUUUUUGUUUCCAUUUUCUCUUCUGUAAAACCUCAAAAACGGGUGUAAAAAUCGGAGAUUUUUGAAGCUAAAACUGAUGGCCAUCCCACCGGGGAACCAUCAACAACAAGCAAAUCAUGCGUCAUCUUCUUUCAAUGGAGCACACUUGAACAACGGGAAUCCUAUGCCCGAGAGCUCGGGUUCGGGUAUGAAGCAUAACCCUGGUAUUUCCUUGGAUUGGACCUUAGAAGACCAAGCUAUACUCGAAGACGGGUUAAAAAAAUAUGCAACAGAACCAAGCAUAAUUUGUUAUGCGAAGAUAGCCAUGCAAUUACAAAAUAAGACAGUCAGGGAUGUGGCUUUGCGUAGCAGAUGGAUGACUGUACGCAGAUGGAAGACUAAAAAGGAAAAUAGCAAGAGAAGGAAGGAAGAACACAAUUUUGCCAGGAAAAGUAAAGACAAAAAGGAAAGAGUUGCAGAUCCUUCAGCAAAGCCUACUCAUUUUGCAGCUCGACCUAAUCUUUCUCCACAUGCACCCCCAAUGAUUCCUAUGGAUUAUGAUGAUGGUAUUCCAUACAAAGCCAUUGGCGGGGAGACAGGAGAACUUCUGGAGCAGAAUGCUCAAGCCUUCAACCAAAUAUCUGCAAAUCUUUCUGCUUUUCAGAUACAGGAAAAUAUUGUCCUCCUCUGCCAAACUCGUGACAACAUUCUCAAAAUCAUGAAUGACUUGAAUGACAUGCCGGAUAUAAUGAAGCAGAUGCCACCUGUUCCGGUGAAAGUGAACGAUGAGCUAGCUAACACCAUUCUUUCCCCUGCACCCCAUUCCAUGCAAUCAUGAUCCUGCCUCCGACUCGUAAAAUCUCCUGAUUAGUUUACCAUAACAGGGCAUGGUCAUUGCCUGUGCUAAUCGAGAAAUAACUGCAGAUGAGGUUGACCCGCCUUUACCGUUUAGAAUAAAUACUCUUCCCUCCUUUUCUUGUAUGUAGAAGGCUUUUUUCUUGGUUCCUUUUUGUUUCUGUACUCAGUAAUGUGUUUCGUAGUUCAACAUAGAAGGUGAUUUAGGGCUUGUUUAGGGUAUGUAUGCAUAAAUAAAGAGUUAAAAUUUCAAUUUUAAUUCUUUAUAUUUGUAUAAUUUUUAUGUAAAUUAGAUUUUCUUCAUGCUAGAUGAUCGAUUGCAGGCUGUAGAGUUUCAUA